GCGGGAGUGCCCAGGAGCUGUGGGGCAGGCGGGAAGCUGCAGCGUCCUGGCGCGAAGUGUCCCCAUCAUCCCACUGCCCCGGCACGGUCCGGUCCCGACGGAUCGGCUGUAGGCAGGGCCGCACGGGUGCAAGUCCCAGUUCGGGUUUCAAGGGCUACCACUGGACCCCUUCCCUGUCCUGAACCUUGAGCCGGCACCAUGCACGGGCGCCUGAAGGUGAAGACGUCGGAAGAGCAGGCAGAGGCCAAAAGGCUAGAGCGGGAGCAGAAACUGAAGCUAUACCAGUCAGCCACCCAGGCCGUCUUCCAAAAGCGCCAGGCUGGUGAGCUGGAUGAGUCAGUGCUGGAACUGACAAGCCAGAUUCUGGGAGCCAACCCUGACUUUGCCACCCUCUGGAACUGUCGACGAGAGGUGCUGCAGCAGCUGGAGGCCCAAAAGUCUCCUGAGGAGUUGGCUGCUCUGGUGAAGGCAGAACUGGGAUUCCUGGAGAGCUGCUUGAGGGUGAACCCCAAGUCCUAUGGUACCUGGCAUCACCGCUGCUGGCUGCUGGGCCGCCUUCCAGAGCCCAACUGGGCCCGGGAGCUGGAGUUGUGUGCCCGCUUCCUCGAGAUCGAUGAGCGAAACUUUCACUGCUGGGACUACCGACGAUUUGUGGCUGCUCAGGCAGCGGUGGCCCCUGCAGAGGAGCUAGCCUUCACGGACAGCCUCAUCACCCGAAACUUCUCCAACUAUUCUUCCUGGCAUUACCGAUCCUGCCUGUUACCCCAGCUGCACCCCCAGCCAGACUCUGGAUCACGGGGGCGCCUCCCUGAAGAUGUGCUGCUCAAAGAACUGGAACUGGUGCAGAACGCCUUCUUCACUGACCCCAAUGAUCAGAGUGCCUGGUUCUAUCACCGCUGGCUCCUGGGACGAGCUGACCCCCAGGAUGCCCUGCACUGCCUGCACGUGAGCCGGGACCAGGCCUGUCUGACUGUCUCCUUCUCUCGGCCCCUCCUAGUGGGUUCCAGCACAGAGACCUUGCUACUCAUGGUUGAUGAGUCACCCCAUGCAGUGGAGUGGAGAACACCAGAUGGCAGGAACCGGCCCAGUCAUGUCUGGCUCUGUGACCUGCCUGCUGCCUCCCUCAAUGACCAGUUGCCCCAGCAUUCAUUUCGUGUCAUUUGGAUGGCUGGUGAUGCCCAGAAGGAAUGUGUACUUUUAAAAGGCCGCCAGGAGGCCUGGUGCCGGGACUCGGCCACAGAUGAGCAGCUCUUCAGGUGUGAGCUGUCAGUGGAAAAGUCUACAGUGCUACAGUCUGAGCUUGAAUCCUGUAAGGAGCUACAGGAGCUGGAGCCUGAGAAUAAAUGGUGCCUGCUCACCAUCAUCCUGCUGAUGCGGGCGCUGGACCCCCUGCUAUAUGAGAAGGAGACACUGCAGUACUUUAAGACCCUGAAGGCUGUGGACCCGAUGAGGGCAGCGUACCUAGAUGACCUGCGCAGCAAGUUCUUGCUGGAGAACAGCGUGCUCAAGAUGGAGUAUGCCGACGUGCGCGUGCUGCACCUGGGGCACAAGGAUCUGACCGUGCUCUGCCAUCUGGAGCAGCUGCUCUUGGUCACUCAUCUUGACCUGUCGCACAAUCGUCUCCGAGCCCUGCCCCCAGCCCUGGCUGCCCUGCGCUGCCUUGAGGUGCUGCAGGCCAAUGACAAUGCCCUCGAGUCUCUGGAUGGCGUUGCCAACCUACCCCAGCUGCAGGAGCUCUCAGUAUGCAACAACCGCCUCCAGCAGCCUGCAGUGCUCCAGCCUCUUGCCUCCUGCCCCAAGCUGGUCCUUCUCAACCUGCAGGGCAACCCCCUCUGCCAAGCAGUGGACAUCUUGGAGCACCUGGCUGAAAUGCUACCUUCAGUUAACAGCGUUCUCACCUAAGAGACACCCUCACCCCUGCCCUUUAAUUUAUUGGGACCGAAUAAAAAUGGAGAGCCCCCGAAGGCUGCUAUGCUGCCACUGCCAGCGCCGCUGCCAUCUCUGCCACCAUUACUACCGCACCCUUUCUGGAGAAGAAAGAGACAGUUAGGUUCACCUGCUCUACUUUCAUUUUAUGCUCAGUCUUGCCAUUCUCUAUCAUGGAAAACCAAAGUCUGAAGUCUCUGUGUUCGGGGCAGAAGCUAGGUGAGAGCUAGAUUUGAGUUUACCUUCUGGUGUGGGUCUGGGACUGGGUCUAGGUUCCAGACUGGGAUCAGAUUUGGAUUCAGGUUCUGCUGUGGGCUGGACAUAAAAUUUCCUCCAUGACCCUUCCAGAUGCCCUCUUUGCAUGGGCAGUCAUUCAUUACAGCUGAGAAGGCAAUUCCCAGAAGCAGUGGGCCAAGGUGCCAUGGCCCCACCCUAUUAAAACAACAGUGUCAAUCCCCAUGAGUAGCAUUCCACAGUCUGUUGAAGAUCCCUUGGAAAUACUUGAUCCUAUUUGAUCCUCGAGCUCUCGGGUAUGAGAUGAUUAGGCCCAUUGUACUGAUGAGAAAACUGCUGCUAAGACGCACCCAAGGUUGCUGAGCUUAAGAACUGGAGCCAAAGCUGUCUCUACACCUUGGUCUGGAAUUCUGGACUCACGUUCUAGCUUCCGUAUUGAUGUAGAAUGGUUGGACAGAGCCUGGCCGGAGGUACUGACCUGGGUGUCUGUUCCCAUGGUGCUCAUUCCUGCCCCCUCCCCCCAAUCUGCACUUAUGCACACAUGUGCAUGCGCGUACACGCGAGCGCACACACCUCGUCUUGACUGAAAGGCCUGUGGCCCUGGCCUCCUAGCAGAGGAAAGGGGAGUGGCUCAGGGAUUAGGGCACUGAGUCAAACCUGGUUGGGUGGGGGAAAAGAAAGGUGGAUUGAACAAGAGGGAGAGAGUGUGACAGGCAUUUUCCUGGUCUCUUGGGACUCAACAUGGUACCACAAGUGCUCACAUAUAUCCGGACCUCUAGGGCCUCACCCCUUCCUGUAUCCAUAGCAAUGUACAAACAUCCCCUCCACAAAACCCUCUGACCUGCCUCAGACCUGCCUGGAAUUUUGAUUUCCACUGCUGCCUCUGAGGUUGUGGAGGUGGAGACAGACCCCCUGCCAGGUCUCGAGCUGGUUGCUAAACAGGAACAUGUUGGUGUGGGUGUGGAGGGCUCCCUGCCAAGCCCUAGAGCCUCUGUCCCCACUCCCUAAGGCACCUGCCUGAUGCAUCACCUGAGUUAGGUCUUCCGGUUGGCUUCCAAUCUUUUCACUAUCUUAUGUUCAGUGGCCCAUGGGCAGAACUGGGGCCCCAGCGGGAUAGAGGGAUGAGGCCCCAAGAACAGGGCCCCAGCCUUCCCAAAGAUGCUUGCCUCCUCUGUCUUGGGGUUCUCUGGCAUCCCCAGUGUUUCUCCCAGCUCAGGGCGGAGUGGGGCUACACACAGGGCAGAUGCCUGGAGCCGGUUGGUCAGGAUUCCCAGGAAGAAUUCCAGGUUGAAGAAUCUUUGACUCUAGCAAACUAGACACUUCUCAGUCAGAGAAAGGGGUACUCUGCAGCCUAAGAAGGGGGUCUCAGCUUCCACCUGGGCCUCCCCCAAAUCCCCAGAAUGGGGAGAAAAAAGAGCUUGCUCCCAAUCUGAUACCCCCCACACCCAAUCCCCACCUUGGAAGGACAAGGAAUUUGGGGGGGCAGCUCACUCAUGCUGGGGCUGUGGAGCUGCUGGAGGAAGAAAGAAGGAUAGGUGGGGGGAGGGUGGUCAAAGGAUCUGGUAGAGCCGGCAGGUCAGGGGCUGGCUGGUGGAGCCAGUCUGAGGACCUGGGUGCUGAAGUCACCAGUCUGCAGCUUGGAUCCCGGGACCUCCCUGGGCAGGAUGAUGAGUCCCAAGAGUAGGCUCAUGGACCACUGUGGCAGGACUGAACCUCCCUAUGAGAACAGUGUGGGCAGCCUGAACUAGGAACAGAGGGAGUGCAGGAAAGGGGCUUGCCGAAUUGCCCUCCGGAGAAAGGGCUCUGUCAGGAAUCUACCUGGUGGAUGGUAGACACACAGUCUGUGUGUCUGAGGCACCACCAAAGUCCCACCACAGCCUUCCACUGUCACCCCAGCACCCUGACAGACCCCGACCGAGGGCCCUCCCUAUCCAGCCCCACCCUACAUC